AUGCGAAACGUACCACGAGAGAGCAUCUUCGAGCUCGUGCACUCCCUGCGAGACAUCGUGGUGCCGAGCAACCUGCCGAGCCAGCUGAGGCAGAGGGGGAUGGGGGGGCAGCAGCGGGGGGACGUGUCGAGCGCGCACGCGAGGUUCCAGGACGACUUCCACCACCGAGGGAGGGCGGCGGACAAGGCGGCGGCCGAGCGGGGCGCGGCGGGCGGCCGUGCUUCUUCCAGGCCUGUCCAGGUGCUUUACACAAAGAACUGGCGAGGGGAAGAGGUGGUGGUGGAAAUAGAGCAGAGCGAGGACGAAGACGACGGCGAUGAAGACUGGGACGCCGAGGGCGGCGAGGAAGAGGACGGAAACGGAGCCGGGGGGGGGGGAGGCUUGCUGCUGCCGUCCCGAGCGGCGCUUAAGCGCAAGGCCGCGGACGCGGCCGCGAAGGAGGAGGAGGCCGCCAAGCGCGCCAAGAAGGCCCUCCCGACCUUCCUCAAGGGGAGCGUCAUUUCCGGCAACAACAAUGACGACACGGCCGAUAGCGAUGAUGAUGAUUCCGAGUCAUCCAAGGACGACGCUAAGGCUAAGGCGGCGGCGGCGGCGGCGCUGCAGCACGCGCGACGGCUCGGGGUGGCGGCGGUGACCAGCGUGGCGGAGCGGGACGAGAUGAAGAAGAGGCUACGGCCGUGGACAGAGAGGAUGAAGCAGGUCUGGCGUCGGCAGCAGUCGGAGAUGCGGCGGGAGGAGCAAGAGGCCGCCGACGCCGCGGCCGGCGGCAACGGGGACGAUACUUGGUGGGAAAGCGACGAUGAAGAUUGUCCUACAAAAAACGGCGGGGGUGGAAGGAAAGGGGCCCCACAGGCGAGAUCAUCAGCCAGGUUGCUUGGGCUGUCGGCGGGGGUUGGAGCGGGACAGAGAUUCCGGGUCGGCGUCCGGUUCGUUCCGAUAGAGGCGCUCACGGAAGAGGACAUUGCGAAGAUGUCGGCCGAAGACUACACGAGAUUUUACAACGCGGUGGUGGGCGAAAGGGGUUGUUGA